AUGUCCCAUCCGUUCUACACGACAAUUGCUGCCGAGGCUUGGGCCUCGCUGCUGGACGGCAGUGGCCCAACCCCUCAGGGCCGAACGAACUCGGCCAUGUGCGCAGGCGACGGCAGUGGUGGCAAGGCCUAUUUGUUUGGCGGCUACAACCACAACAACAACCCCGAGGAUCUGGAUCGGAUGAACGACACUUGGGUUCUGGAUUUGUCCGGCCCCAGCUGGGCGGAGGUGAGCGUGACGGAAGGGACGGUGCGCCGGGCCGGGCACACCAUGGUCUGCACGGGGGACAGCCUGCUGGUCUUCGGAGGGCAAUCCAAGAUUGGGGGCACUUCGCAGGGCCACAAUGACCUGUGGAAGCUCACGCUGGCAACCAGCACCUGGGAGCAGUUGACACCGAGCGGCACGCUGCCCCCUGCCAGGUCUCAACACUCGGCUGUCUGGAAUCCUGACACCCAGAGCAUGCUAGUGUACGGUGGAGCCGAUAGUACCUUCUUAGGUGACUUGUGGAGCUACAGCUUGACCGCCAACUCGUGGACCCAGCUCACCCCUACUGGGGGUCCGCUGGGCACAAGGGAUGAGCACACGGCCCUCUGGAACCCAGUCGACAACACCAUGCUUCUCACCGGGGGCACGCGCAGACACGCAUCUUUACCCCCAGCCGGCAGCGAGGGCAACGACCUCUGGUCCUACGACCCGCAGGCGAACACCUGGACCGAGUUGAUCCCACAGGGAAGCCCGAACGCGCCCGCAGGACGGCGCCAGACCUCCCUCGUCUGGAACACGGCCGCGCAAGCGGCGCUUCUGUUUGCAGGCAACAUGGGAAGCCCAUCGGUGCUCAACGACCUCUGGGAGUACAAGGCAGCUUCGAACUGGACGCAGCUUGUCCCCGCGACCAGUCCGCCGGCCCGGCACGACCACCAAGCUGUUUGGGCUUCCACUCAGGUCAUGAUCGUCUUCGGCGGGUAUGACGGCUCUUACUUGGUGGACACCUGGCAGUACACGCCCUGA